GUCCCCCAUGUGCAGUUGCAAACCGUAGUCUGGCUUUUUUAUGGCAGUUUUGGAGCAGUGGCUUCUUCCUUGCUGAGCAGCCUUUCAGGUUAUGUCAAUAUAGAACUUGUUUUACUGUGGAUAUAGAUACUUUUGUACCUGUUUCCUCCAGCAUCUUCACAAGGUCCUUUUCUGUUUGUGGAGGUCUACAAUUUUUUUUCUGAGGUCUUGGCUGAUUUCUUUUGAUUUUCUCAUGAUGUCAAGCAAAGAGGCACUGAGUUUGAAGGUAGGCCUUGAAAUACAUCCACAAAAAUGAUGUCAAUUAGCCUAUCAGAAGCUUCUAAAGCCAUGACAUCAUUUUCUGGAAUUUUCCAAGCUGUUUAAAGGCAAAGUCAACAUAGUGUAUGUAAACUUCUGACCCACUGGAAUUGUGAUACAGUGAAUUAUAAGUGAAAUAAUCUGUCUGUAAACAAAUGUUGGGAAAAUGACAUGUGUCAUGCACAAAGUAGAUGUCCUAACCGACUUGCCAAAACUAUAGUUUGUUAACAAUAAAUGUGUGGAGUGGUUGAAAAACUUACGACCUCAACUGUAUCUAGGAUUCCAUGCUGGUCCAUACUCACAGUCAAUAACACAUCUCUAGGGUUCCAUGCUGGUUCUUCACCUUGCACCACACCAAGAGAGCAGCAGAGGGGUACUUCACCUGCACCACACCAAGAGAGCAGCAGAGGGGUACUUCACCUGCACCACACCAAGAGAGCAGUAGAGGGGUACUUCACCUGCACCACACCAAGAGAACCAUAGAGGGGUACUUCACCUGCACCACACCAAGAGAGCAGCAGAGGGGUACUUCACCUGCACCACACCAAGAGAGCAGCAGAGGGGUACUUCACCUGCACCACACCAAGAGAGCAGUAGAGGGGUACUUCACCUGCACCACACCAAGAGAGCAGUAGAGGGGUACUUCACCUGCACCACACCAAGAGAACAGUAGAGGGGUACUUCACCUGCACCACACCAAGAGAGCAACAGAGGCUAAUGAACUAUCGGCAAAAGUACAACGAGGCGUUCUCUGUUUCAGACGGCUACCCAAUGUCCUUGCUCCGGUCCAAACGCCACGCCCACAGACGUUAGUUUCUUCUCCACGAUGACUCUGGAUCUGAGUACCUCCACGAUGACUCUGGAUCUGAGUACCUCCACGAUGACUCUGGAUCUGAGUACCUCCACGUUGACUCUGGAUCUGAGUACCUCCACAAUGACUCUGGAUCUUAGUACCUCCACGAUGACUCUGGAUCUGAGUACCUCCACUUUGACUCUGGAUCUGAGUACCUCCACAAUGACUCUGGAUCUUAGUACCUCCACGUUGACUCUGGAUCUGAGUACCUCCACGAUGACUGGAUCUGAAUACAUGCGUGGAGAAAGACCAGACUCUGAGGAACCAGAGGAAGAAAUGUCCAAACCAGCAAGACCAUACCACUGCUCCCAGUGUGCAAAGAGUUUUACCCAGUUUGGGAACAUGAAAAGACAUGAGAGGACACACACAGGUGAUAAACCUUACCACUGCUCCCAGUGUGGAAAGAGUUUUACCCGGAUAGGGUCCCUGAAAAUGCAUGAGAGAAUGCACACAGGAGACAAGCCUUACCCCUGCUCCUUGUGUGUAAAGAGAUUUUCCUCAUCAGGAUGCCUGAAAAUACAUGAGAAGACGCACACAGGCGAUAAACCUUUCCAAUGCUCCCAGUGUGGAAAGAACUUUUCCUUGUCAGCGAGCCUGAAAAGACAUGAGAGGACACACACAGGAAAUACUCCUCAUCACUGCUCCCAGUGUGGAAAGAGUUUUACCCGGAUAGGGUCCCUGAAAAUGCACGAGAGAAUACAUACAGGAGAAAUGCCAUACCACUGCUCCCAGUGUGGAAAGAGUUUUAACCAGUCAAGGGACCUGAAAGAUCACGAGAGAAUACAUACAGGAGAAAAGCCACACCACUGCUCCCAGUGUGGAAAGAGUUUUAACCAGUCAAGGGACCUGAAAGAACACGAGAGAAUACAUACAGGGGAAAAGCCAUACCACUGCUCCCAGUGUGCAAAGCGUUUUACACAGUUAGGUCACCUGAAACGUCAUCAAAGAACACACACCGGAGAGAAGCCUUACCACUGCUCUCAGUGUGGAAAGAGUUUUGCCCAGUUAUGUCACCUGAAAGAACAUAAGAGAUUGCACACAGGGGAGAAGCCUUACCACUGCUCCCAGUGUAGAAAGACAUUUUCCUCGCUAGCGAACCUGAAAAGACAUGAGGACACACACAGGAGAUAAGCCUUCCAAUGCUCCCAGGACCUGUAAAUUGAUAUUUCACAUCACAUCAUCAGAGAACUUACAGUGCUCCCAUUGUCUUAUAUUUUUUACGAAGAAUGUGUUUUUUGAUUAUGCCAUAUGAAAUCGAAC